AUGCCGCUCCAGCUCUCCGUACUUCCUUGCGGAUUUGUGCACCAGCUCUUGGACUACCACCAGAACUUGUUCGCGUACGCCGUGGCCGCGACUCACCCCCCUAUUGAUGGCAGUCCAGGAAAUUCUAUUCGGCAGACUACACGACAUCCCGAUGACGUCAUGAUCCGUGAUCGCCUGGCCGAGCUCAUUGACCGUCACACUAACCUCUUCUACGGGUUCUUUCGCGCUGGAGACAACUAUUAUCAUGGCCUAUUUGUUCUCACCUUCGACAUCGGCGUCAUCUCGGCAAUUUCGGCCACCAACCGCCAUCUCAAUGAUGCACUCGCCAUCUACCUCCUCGCUCGCUCCAUGACCACAGUUGCCCUUCUACCCGCGGAUCGUUCUGAACCUCCUGAUCUUCUUCGUCGGCGUCUUCCACUUGGCUCGGAGUUCUCCAGCAUUGUGCGGUUCUCCUCAUUGACGUACCGCUUGGGUAUUCCCUCCUAUUUGACUGAGUUCGAUUGCACGGAGGUCCCCCGCAGUCGUCUAUUCCGAUUACGACUCCAUGCCUUUGGCACCGCCCUGCAGAGCAGACACCUGCAGGAUACCUCCUGGAGCGGAUGA